AUGACCAUGCUAGAUGGAUACGACGACGAUGAAACUGGUGGUGUUAUCCUCGAUGGCCCCUUCGACCCUGACGCCCAGGCGACCGUGACUGAUUACAUCGACUACACCGAAUACCUCCCAGCAGACCUCAUUCGAUCUCUGACUCUCAUCGGUGGCUUGGACGCUCGCUACAUCGAAGCUGCGCAAAGCGUGCACGAUCUGACGAAGGACUACGGUCAGCUACCCCAGAUCGCGCCUGAUGCGCGCCCGCACCCCCAGAACCUUCGCAAAGACAUUUCCUUCCAACUCGACCGUGCCAUCAACGCCCGCGAGUCCGCCUAUGCGGAGGCCUGUCGCCUUUACGAUGUCGUCGACCAUCACUUCAAUCGGUUAGACUGUAUCCGGAAGAAACUUGAGGCGCUUCCCAAGCCCUCGUCGCGCGAGCCUACUCCCGAUCCUACCCAGGCUGGAAGACGCGCUCAACCAAGCAGGAAAAAAGGGGCGGAUGCAUCAGGACGGACGCGCAUUACGUUGCGCUUGGAUGGUGAUAAUGUGACUCCAGGACAAAAAUCACGGAGUCGGCGGUCCGUGCUCUCUGCUGAGCAUCUAGCUUUCAAUCCGGACUCGCCUAUUGCUAGCACAGAACACUCGGACGACGAGACAGAGCUCAAGUCACGACCUUCAGCUGAAUCUCAACUGCCAGGGAUCCCAGCUAAAAAGGAGAAAACGCAGAGCAGGCGAUCGCGGCCCUCUGUCUCAGGUGCAACCGUGUCUACCAGCAAUGCAUUGGCGAUGCUCCGGCCUCCUCCGGAGGGUGCAAAGCCUGGUAGUGACGACAUGCCAUGGCUGCGUCUGACGGAAUGGGAGAUGACAAAGUUGCGCAAAAAGAUGAAGAAGAACGCAGUAUGGCAGCCCAGUGAGGUCAUGAUCCACCGCGAACUUGCUCUACGUGGGCGCGGCUGGGAAGCCUACAGAGCAGCCAAGGCGCAGGCAGACGCUGAUGGUACUGAAUUUGUCGACUGUGAUGACAUUGCGAACACCUAUAUUCCUGGAAAGUUGAUGAAGAAAAGCGACGCCACCAAGGAAAAUCUUUCUAUGGCGGAAACCAAGCUGAGCAACCGCGGUAUGAAAUUGAACGAAGCGAAAAAACUGAAACGAGAGAACCUCGCGAGGGAACAGGCUGCUGCCGCUGCCGCUGCGGCCGCUGCUGAAGCACAGGGCAUACCCAUACCUGUCAGCCUUACUAUCAGAAACGAAGAAGACGCGUCGGAAAAGCUGCCUACCCGGGCAUCAAAGAGAAAGUUAGAAGAGCUCCUACCAGCUGAUGCAGCGACCCAGCCAAGCGACGAAACUCGUGCUUCUCGUUUGACUAAACGCCGCAAAGCCGGCGAUGAUGAUAUUCCAACGGAACCUCGCGCCAGUCUAUCCAGCGCAUCAGUGAACACUAGCAUUUCUGUCACGGCAACUGCCAGUGUCCCCGUCGAAAAUACAGCGCCAAUAGUUGACAUAAAAAAACUAUCUCCGCCGCCAACUGAACCAAAGACUGAACCAGCAGCAGCCGCUCCCGCUCCUGCUAUAGACGACCACUUCGCUACACCGAACCGACCACCCUCACGAGGCCGUUCCAUUUCCCUAGCAGAACAAGCAACCACACUCAACGCCCCUGGAGGUCGCGAUCUCCGCCGGAAAAGCGCCACUCCAGCCCGAAGAACUCCCAUCCCGGUCCCUGAAACCGGACCUACUCGUCGAAGAAAACGACCCGCUCCAGGACCAGUAUCUUCAGGACAAGACGGCGGGGCAGCAGUCAGCUACGGCCGUCGCAAGGCGAAGAUGAGCAAGAAGCGGGCCGGGACGCGUGAGUCUGACCAGAGGGAUAACGUCCGUAUUGACGAGGAUGGAGUGUUGGAGGAGAUUGAUUCCAAUGAACCGCGAUAUUGUAUGUGCGGGGACGUGAGUUUUGGGACGAUGAUAUGUUGUGAGAAUCCUGAUUGUGACAAAGAAUGGUUCCACCUCGAUUGUAUCGGUCUCUCAGAAGUCCCUAGUCGGACGGCAAAAUGGUUCUGUCCCGAUUGCCGGGUCAAGUUCAAUAAAGGACAAGAUGGGAUCGUCAAGAUUGGUUCUCGUCGAUGA